AUGGCUAAAGCGAGCAAGGUUGGUCACCUUGCUGAACUGGAUACUGCCACCAAUGUGAUCGCCGAGAACCUGGGAAAGCCGUGGCGCAGGCUGGGCCGGAGGCUGGGUUUGACCGACGUCAAGCUGGAUUCGGUCUCCGCGAGGCACACGGACCUGGAGGAGACGGCCAGGGAGAUGCUGAAGGAGUGGCGGAGUCGGGGGGGCGCGGCCCGAGCGUCGGAUCUGGUGGAAGCUCUGAGGCGCUGCGACCUAAACCUGACUGCCGACAAAGUGGUGGACAAACUUUCAACCCCCUGACGUGGACGGGUUGUUUAACAGAUGACGCAUGAACUCCGGGAGAGAAAAGGGAGAUUUGAUUAACCUUUUUUGAGAAAGCAAUAAAUAAAAAUCACAAAAGGUCACAAAAAAAAGUUGGGGUAAUGGUGUUCUGUUUCGUUAAUUCUUCUUCAUUGGAUUAAAUCCUGAUCAGAGCCUAAAAACUGGGAUUUCAAAGCAAAUCUGAUCCUGUAGAUUCAGAUUAGGGAACCCAGUCCUACCUUUGAAUAAAAGACUGCUGAAACCAAUAAAAGCUGUUGAGUGUUUCUAAACUUUAUUGGGAAAUCUGGAACCAGUUUGAUCCUAAAAAUCAGGCUUACCCUGAUCCCACCUGUUAUGACCCAGAGUGUCAUAAUAAAGUGCAGCUCUCCUCCCUGCCUGAGGGGGUUGCUGUUAUAUUUCGCCUUGCUCUGUGUCUGUUCUUCUUUGCAGUUGAUUGGACGUCUGUGUAUAAAAGGGAUCCUGUGAGAGCCAGCCCGGUCUCUUCUUUUGCCGGUCUCUCCAGCUUCCAACCGGGCCCUGCUGCACCUCGUGGAUUUUUGGGUGGGGGCGGUGAGAGGCCUUUUUGUUUGUUCAUGUUUUCUCCUGUUUUCGGGUAGGGAGAUGGGUAAGACACUUGUAUUUGGUUUGUUUCUUUGUGUGUUCUAGGGAAGGUAGGGGACCUGCACAGAUUGUUUUGUUUGUCGUUUUGGGCCACGCUCACCCUGAGGUUCAUGACCUCGAACUGAAAUAAAUACCCCU